AUGGUGGAGCAGGAUAACAUGGACGCCUACCUGGCAGCGUUAGAUAUAAAUUUUGCUUUGAGGAAAAUUGUGUGUUUACUGAAACCAACCAAAGAGAUUACUCACGAUCCGGCGACUGGGACCAUGAAGAUCAAGACCAUCACCACCUUCAAAAACUUCUUCAUGGACUUUGUGAUCGGGAAGGAGUUCACCGAGGACCUGGGACCAGUGGACGGCCGCACCUGCCAGACCACCGUGAGCUGGGAGGGGGACAAGCUGCUGUGUGUGCAGAGAGGAGAGAAACAGGGCCGUGGCUGGACGCACUGGCUGGAAGGAAACAAGCUGCAUCUGGAGCUGAGAGUGGAAGAUGUCGUGGCCAAGCAGGUCUUCCAGAAGGAGUGA